GAGAAAACAGGGCUAAACCAAAGGCUACAUUUAAAAGGAUGCUUUAAGUAAUACAUUUCAUUUUAUUACACAUAAAUAGAAACGAAAAAACUUUGUAAUUUAAACAAUGUAUUAAAUAUUAAAACUGUUCUUUAAAAUACUUCUAAAACGUUAAUAUUCUUUAGUUACCCCCUGCUUAUUGUGGUUAAGCCAGUUUUUUUUUUAUACUUUAGCAACAUGGUGGUCUGUUCGUUCAAUUUAGGUUGAUUGUGGGAUUUUCACAGUGUGAAUCUGAAAGAGUUUAUAUAUUUUUGUUGAACAUCGCGGGCGAUUUUUUAAGGUGUGGGGCUUUUGUGUUGUUUUAAGCUAUAAGGGACCAAGAUGAGUAACAUUUACAUACAAGAACCCCCGACUAACGGCAAGGUCUUAUUAAAGACAACAGCUGGGGAUAUCGAUGUGGAGCUUUGGUCUAAAGAAGCCCCAAAAGCAUGCCGGAAUUUUCUUCAGCUGUGUAUGGAAGGGUACUAUGAUGGCACAAUAUUCCAUCGUGUUGUCCCUGAAUUCAUUGUGCAGGGAGGGGAUCCCACUGGCACAGGGUCUGGUGGUGAGUCGGUUUAUGGCCGGCCGUUUAAGGAUGAAUUCCACUCCAGACUACGUUUCAACAGAAGAGGUCUAGUUGCCAUGGCAAACGCAGGCCCUCAUGAUAAUGGCAGCCAAUUCUUCCUUACUUUGGGGCGUGCAGAUGAGCUCAAUAACAAACAUACCAUCUUUGGAAAGGUGACUGGUGAUACAGUAUACAAUAUGUUGCGAUUGGCAGAAGUUGAAACAGAUCAAAACGAAAGACCUCUUAAUCCACACAAAAUACGAUCCACUGAGGUUUUACACAGUCCGUUUGAUGACAUUGUGCCAAGGGAAAUAAAGAAAGUCAAAAAGGAGAAAGAUAAAGAAGAAGGAAAGAAAUCGCAGGCUAAAGCAACAAAGAACUUCAGUUUGCUGUCAUUUGGAGAGGAAGCUGAAGAGGAAGAAGAGCUGGUGAAUAAAGUCAGCCAGAGUAUGAAAGGGAGAAGUAAGAGUAGUCACGAUUUACUUAAGGAUGAUCCACGAUUAAGCUCUGUUCCUGCUGUGGACAGAAAAAGCUCAAAAAGAACAAGUGAAGACUCAUCUGAGGAUCUGGAGGAGGAGGAAAGAGGCAGCGGCAGUGAUGAAGAUGCAGGUGAAAGGGAACGGAUGAAAGAUCGAAUCUCUAAGAAACUAAAGAAAGACAAAAUGGCCGAAGUCAAACAAGAGCCCAGAGAAGAAGAGCAAGAGAGGAAGACCAGCCGCAGUGAUGAACUGCGUAAGGAGGCACGUCAGCUGAAGAAAGAGCUUCUGGCAAUUAAACAGAGGAAAGAGCAGAAUGUGAAAGAAGAAGAAGAAGAAGAAGAAGGAGAUGCCGAGAGUCAAGAAACACCCCCCAACAUUGCUGUUGCAGAAUAUUUAGAAGAGAGGAAAAAGUAUGAAGAUCUGCGAAAACAAAAGCUGAAAAGGGGGGCUGGUCGAGAGGCUCAGACACUUGCCCUUUUAAACCAAUUUAAGUCCAAGCUGACUGAUGCCAUCAAUGAAGCACCUGAGGAGGACACUGAGGAAGUACCAGAAGAUGAUGACAAAGGAUGUCCUGGAGCACAGCCGUCCUGCUGAAGUGGACUCAUUUCAACCGCACAGUGACCAGGCGUGCGAGAUCAAAAAUGCCUCCACACACACCUUUCUUGACAUAGAUACACAGACAGCAAGCAGCAGGUCUAAGGAGAGCAGGUAUAAUGAAUCUCAGGAUGGGAUGGGAAAACACGCUGAGUGAACAGAACAAAAGUCUUGUAGAAAAUGCCAGUGGGAGGUUUUGAAAAGCGGGUGCGUUUGAGUGACUUGGGAGCCCCUUGAACGGAACAUGGGUUACAGCAGGUCAGACACUGGAAGUCAAGUCUGGGCCAGAAGUGUAAACUAUUCCAUCUGUGUCUGUGUCUACAACCCCUCUCUAAGGAACCAGACCUUUUUUUUUUCCACUCUUCAAAAGCAAAGAAAAUAAACCCGAGGGUUUGAAGCCGCGUGUCAUGGCAAAGCGGAGAGAACUAUUAACUGAUUUUGAUAAGCACAAGUAGCACAGUAGGGUUUUCUGCAAGAGCUAUAAUUCUCCGAGAUGAAACUGGGGAGCUGUCAGCGCCGAGACUGCUAGACAAAUUAUCAGGCCAGCCUGCCGUCACAGCGGGAGUCCUCAGGGUCUUCCAGAGUGUAGUCAUGACAUUCUAGAUGAAGCUGUCACAUAUCUUAUAUAUAUAUAAUACACACAUACACAUAUAUAUCCAUUUGGCAGAGCUUGUAAGUGGUCUGCAGUUGCUCAAAAUAAAUGUUGGAUUGUGGACCUUAACUCUUUCAAAUUUGCACUGACAGGGAAGAAGGUUUAAGCUGACAUGCUUGAGUUUGCUGGCGGUAUUAUUCUAUUAAGAGUGUGAAAGAAAAACAACAUGCAUUAAAAGGAUAGUUAACAGGCGCUUAGAUUUCUCAAAUUAUAACGUCCAACAUUAUGCUCUUUAAGUCUCCUUUGCUCUUCUGCAGGUGUAUAACCUUGAAUUUCUAGCCUUGAGUUUAAAAUACCCAGGCAAAACAACAAGAGUGCUUAGGAGAAAGCAAAAUGUGAAAUGUGUGUUUGGCCAGUUGAUAUUCGUUGUUAACCUCUUUUUCUUCAAGAAUGGUUAGUCAGUAAUAAUGAAUCAUAGACCGAAGACCUAGUUUUGCCAAAAGCAAAAUUGCAUGUGGUUUAAGGAUAUCGGGUUCAUGAUAAGUUGUGUAAUUAGCCUGAUGUUUAAAACCCAGACAGAACUAUUACUGUAGUGCAUGCUUUCAAGGACUUUUAGGUAUCUCAAAAAAACAGAUGGCUUUUUUUAUCAAAUCUGCUAAUGCUGGGGGAGAAGGGUCAUUUUUCAUGAAAAAGCAUCAAGACUUGACUUUUUUUUACAAUAUUCUCCUCUUCUUUAGCUAAUGUCUCAUUUUGUUAACAUCUUAUCCAUGUAGUGCUUUUUCCCCUCUCCUGAGCUGAGUGCAUUAAUCAAGAGGACAGUUUGAACAGGUGCAGGAUGUCGGCCAUGCUUUAUUUGUUUCUGUCAUAGGUGGUGCAGAGAGGAAGCAGUUUCCACUUGUGGAAUAGUGGCACACCCUAAGAACUUAAUGAAAAGUCUCCGUUUCCGUCUUUCAUCUGUCUGGUUUCAGGUUAAUUCCUUUAGCAUUGAAAAAUUCUGUGAUGGAUCAAAUGCCUUUCCGGUGCCAAUUCUAUUACAGCAGGCAUCUCCAGCCCAGCCCCUGGAGAGCCUCAGUCAAACACUUUCUAUAGAAAACAAUUAAACCACCUGUUAUUGAAGGCUUGCAAAAUUUUAAUAUCAAUCAGUUGAGGGUGAAUUGUUAAAUACGUGAAAAAUCAUUUGGAACAGAAAUUGUUAGCCAUCUCGUACCAGAGUUCCUUUAGUUGAGCACAUUUCUUGCUUUAUUGCUAAUCUCUAAAAUGAGAUGGUUGAUGGUUAAGGGCCACCUACUGUAUAUAUGGAAUUGGAUUGAGGUUCUCUAGGACCAGGGUCGUAAACUCCUGCUUCAUACUUCUGGAAAUAGAAGCAAGAAAUGAUCAAAUAAAUAAAACAAAAGUAAACAAUAAAUGCAGAGCAAAGCAGUCCAUUGUUGGUUUGGGGAGAGCUUUAAAAGCUACCACUUUGCUGCUGUAAAUGUAAAUCGGUGGGCCAGUAGGCGGCACUCUUCCCCCUGACGAAUUUCCAAAUCAAGGUCUCACUAUGGUGAUAGGCGAUGUUGUGCCGCAGGACACACCAUCCUUCAGCUGAGGCAUUAACUCAAGGUCCUGGCUGCUGUACUGGUUGUUAAAGAUUCUGUGAUAAUAUUCAUUAAGAGCAUGGCCCUUAACCAUCUGUGCUUGUACAUGCUGGCCUCCCUAAAGUCCCCCUUAGGUCAAUUGGUGUAGAUAUUCCUCACUUCUCCACUUCUCCACCUGACCUGCUGGUGCACAAUGGCUGUUAUAUGACACCCAGGUACUGUAGGUACUGCACUUCACUGAUGAAUGCAGUGGAUUUCCUCCUUAGUAUUACUUACUAUUUUCAUGUUCUCACUGUGUGUUACUAGUGUGGCCUAAUAAUGUGUUACAGACUUGUAUUGUUUCCUUGUUUUGUCAUUUAGUGAAGCCAUUACCUGCAUGUCAAGUUAAAUGUGUCUGGAAUGGCAUCUUUUCUUGCCACCUUGAUACUUGGUGAAUCUCUUGUUUCUUUCCAGUGUAAGUCUAAGUGCUAGGGGUGUGCUCAUGACCGUAGCAACU